UUUGUGGCGUCAAUUUUUAAUUUGUGUAAAAUAAAAGAAUAACUAUCGCUUUUAAAAAUUUAACUGCAGCAAUGGACCGCCGCAAGAAGCGCACUUCCACGGACCAGUACAUGAUGUACAUCGAAAUGAUGGAAAACGAUCCCAUCUUCGCGAGCGGAAGAGUUCCCCGGGACUAUGAUAUACAUUACUUGACAAAGAAGUGGAAGGAUUUGUCCGACAAAUUGAACAAAUGUAGUUCCGGGCCCACACUAACAGCGGAAGAGUGGCGAAAGCGACUUAACGACUGGAAAAAUACGACUCGUUGCAAGUAUAGACGUAGUCUUAUGCCUAAUGAGAAGGACAUAACUAUGUCGGCGCUGGAGCUAAAAGCGCUUGAUUUGUUUGGCAAGGUGCCCACAGCAACAAAUGAAACGCUUCUGAACUUAAAGGCGGAGAAAGAAGAACAGGAGGAAGACAUGGAGCAUCAGCGCACAUCUGAAUCGUUUCAAAAAGAACUGCAAGCGGCUGUCGAAGAGGCCAUUAAUGAUGAAGUAGAGGAGAUUGAGGAGGAAGAGCACGUGGAACAAGACGAUCUACUGGAGGAGCCCAUACAUGAAACUACAGCUGUCCCUAGCUCGGCGGCCACCGUCGGCGCUGCAACUACGGUGGUCAAUACGGGCGGUGGCACCUACCGCACCAUAGUGGUUGAUAGUACGUCCUACGUAGACGAAGAGCCGAACGCCGAGCCCAUCGAGUUUAUUCCAGCGCGUCGAAGCGCUGGCAGCAGCAACGCCAGCCUCCACACAGUAGUCAAUACGUCAGCAAACACCGCCGCUGCCACAAAGCUUAUCAACGGCGAGCUUCCGGUAAAGCGAAUGCGAACACAAGCCCGUGAUCAAAUUAUAUACGAGGUGAAAAAUGCGUCGCGUUCUUACGCCACGCUACAAACGGCCCCGCCACCAAACAGUCUACACAAUACAAAGAUUGCGCAGCAUGAGAGCAACGUUACGACUCUGACAUCCGCACUUAGCAGCCAUGACGCCCAGGAGAUUGCGCAUCAACUAAAGAGGCUGGCGGACAUCAACUACGAGGCGCUACAGUUCGAGAUUGCACGUUUUAAAUUUAACAAUCCCGGCUUUCACUAUAACCCGCCGUCAUUAUAGUAGCCAGGUCUCAUAAGGCAACUACUUCAACAGCAAACAAAUAACAUAAGAACAGCAGCUAAUUCUAUCAAUUUACCGGCACUUUGGGGCCUGCACAUUAAAAUCGUUUUUACAAAAUGCACAUAUCUUAAAUGUAUAUGUGUGAACAUCCCUAGCCACUGAACUCACUCGUUGCUGCUGCAUCUGAUCCAUAACAGACCAUAGCUUAUAGUAUCAUGUUUAGUUUUAAAUCAAAAGUUUACGUAGAUUCUAUGUAUUAAUUAAAAUGAAUUAGUUACUGAGCAUUAUCUUAAUGCUCUGUGCUAUAUGUGUAAGUUUAAAGUGUAAUCCAUGGAUUUCUGCCAACAAAUUAAUUUAAACAAAUUGUAAAUGUAAAAAAAUAAAGUUUACCAAUGAUAAAUA